UCGCCGGCGGCGCGGAGCUGACGGGCAGGGGCUGCCCGCCCGUCGGACCCCGCCCCUUCCCCGCUCAGCGCGGCUGCAGCGGCCCCUCCGCGGCCGCGGCCGCCCAGAAGAUGGCGGCGGUGUCCGAGUGAGGAUGGAGCUGCCUGUCAGCGCCUCUUCGCCCUAGGGCGGGCAGUGCCGCCCCGCCGGGGCGUGAGGGGCGGCGGUGGUGCCGCCCGGCAGCGGGCAGCCCCCGCUGUAGCCCGCGCCGGGGGGCGAGGCUUGGCCUGACGGCCCCGACUUGGCUCCGUCGCGCCUCCGCUCUCCGCCCGGCCCCGGCCCCGGCCCCGGCCCGCCGCCCGGCCUCGCGGCCCCCGGCGUGCAGCAGCCAUGCCGUGGCCUUUCUCGGAGUCCAUCAAGAAGAGAGCCUGCAGGUACCUGCUGCAGAGGUACCUGGGCCACUUCUUGCAGGAGAAGCUCAGCCUGGAACAGCUCAGCCUGGAUCUCUACCAGGGCACCGGCUCCUUGACGCAGGUCCCUCUGGAUAAGUGGUGUCUUAAUGAGAUCCUGGAGUCUGCUGAUGCACCUCUGGAAGUCACAGAUGGAUUUAUCCAAUCAAUUUCUUUAUCUGUCCCGUGGGGGUCGUUGCUGCAGGAUAACUGUGCAUUAGAAGUAAAAGGAUUAGAGAUGGUCUUCAGGCCAAGACCAAGGCUUGCAUCUGGUUCUGAGCCUAUGUAUUGGUCAAGUUUUAUGACCAGUAGUAUGCAGCUUGCAAAAGAGUGUCUUAGCCAAAAAUUGACAGAUGAACAAGGGGAAGGGUCCCAGCCCUUUGAAGGACUUGAGAAGUUUGCAGAAACUAUUGAAACAGUUCUGAGAAGAGUGAAAGUUACCUUUUUAGAUACUGUAUUACGAAUAGAACAUGUGCCGGAAAACUCUAAAAGUGGAACUGCACUUGAAAUCAGAGUUGAAAGAACUAUGUACUGUGAUGAAACUGCAGAUGAGUGCUCUGGAAUUAAUGUACAUCAGCCCACAGCUUUUGCUCACAAAUUACUGCAGCUCUCAGGUGUCUCUUUCUUCUGGGAUGAGUUUCCUGCAUCGGCAAAGUCCUCCCCAGCGUGUUCAACUACACAGCUGGCAACUGAACCAAAGCUUUCGCCUAGCUGGAAUCCAAAAAUCAUUUACGAGCCACAUCCACAAUUAACAAGAAACUUGCCAGAGAUUACUCCUUCUGACCCUGUACAGAUCUGUAAGCUGAUUGGUAGAAUGGAGUUAAGCCUAACAUUAAAGCAAAAUGAAGUACUUCCUGGAGCUAAGUUGGAUAUAGAUGGACAAAUAGAUUCUGUACAUCUGUUUCUGUCACCAAGGCAGGUUCAUCUUCUAUUGGACAUGGUAGCAGCUAUUGCUGGACCAGAAAGUCUAAGCAGGAUAGAACUGUCAAAUAAAGAUAGGAAGAAUCGGCCCAUGCAACAGGAGGAUGAGUAUCGGAUUCAGAUGGAGUUGAAACGUUAUUUGAGGAAAGAGUCUUUAUCUGCAGGAGCAUCAUCUGAACAAAGCUUCUAUGAGACAGAGAGUGCCAGAACACCUUCUAGUCGUGAGGAAGAAGUUUUCUUCUCAAUGGCUGAAAUGGACAUGUCCCACAGCCUUUCCUCCCUUCCACCUCUUGGAGAUCCUCCAACCAUGGAUCUGGACUUGUCUUUAACCAGUACAUACACAACUACACCACCAGCAGGAUCUCCACUGAGCACUACAGUGCUGCAACCAACUUGGGGUGAUUUUCUUGAUCGAAACAAACAGGAAUUACAGCCUCCAAGAGGUUCCUCACUAACAGCCAAUAUGGUUCACCAGACUUCCUUAAGAAGGACAUCUAUUCCAUCCAGAUCUGUUUCUGUGGAUGAAUCCAGACCUGAGCUACUUUUUAGACUGGCAGUUGGAACUUUCUCAGUGUCUGUACUUCAUAUUGACCCUUUACCCCCACCUGAAAGUUCACUGAACCUUAACCCAUUGACACCAAUGGCUCGGGAUUUCUUUACCCGAAUAGAAAAGAUUGAGCCAGUUAAGUUUUCAACAGAAGAUUUUCUGUCCUUCCGAGAAGUAUUUGCAGAAGCUUGUUCUCAUGAUCACCUUAGGUUUAUAGGUACUGGCAUCAAAGUGUCUUAUGAGCAGAGACAAAGAACUGCCUCUCGAAGUUUUAGUACUGACUUAUCCAUUGGAGAUAUGGAGUUUCUGGAAUGCCUUUUUUCUACUGACACUCAUUCCGUGCAACCUCACUAUACAGAGCUGCUGACAUUUCAUUCUGAAGAAAGAAAAGAUUCUCAUUCUAUGCCAUGCCUUCAGCUGCAUUAUAAGCAUUUAGAUAAUAGAGGACCUCAGGGUAGCCAAGGGAGACUCAGUUCUGUUCCACAGAAAGCAGAGUUACAAAUAAAGUUAAGUCCAGUGUUUUGUGAGCUGGAUAUCAGUAUUGUAGACAGAUUAAAUUCCUUACUUCAACCCCAGAAACUAACCACAGUGGAGAUGAUGGCAUCUCACAUGUAUGCUUCUUACAAUAAGCACAUAAGUCUGCAUAAAGCAUUUACUGAAGUUUUUCUGGAUGAUUCACAUGCUCCUGCAAACUGUAGAGUUUCCGUUCAAGUCACUGCCCCAGCGUUAAAUCUCUCUGUUCGCUUCCCGAUACCUGAUCUACGGUCAGAUCAGGAGAGAGGACCAUGGUUUAAGAAGUCACUUCAGAAAGAGAUUCUUCAUCUUGAAUUUACAGAUAUGGAAUUUAAAACUGAAUUUCUAGGAGGGUCAACUCCAGAACAAGUUAAAUUAGAGCUUACCUUUAAAGAGCUAACUGGUUCAUUUGAAGAAGAUAAUGCAGAAACACCAGUAAAAUUUUUUCAGGUGUCAGGUGGCACAGAUGGAGAUAUAACAUCAUCAUCAGACAAUUUUGACUGGCCUAGGAUUGUAUUGAAAAUAAACCCUCUGGCUGUGCACUCUAUUCUGGAGAGGAUAGCAGCUGAGGAGGAAGAAGGUGAUAAUAAUUUUCAAGAGGAAGAAGAAGGAGGGUCUCAUUCUUUGAAGGAUGUGUGUGAUAUUAGAAGACCAGAGCCUUCUCCAUUUUCUUCUCGUAGGGUCAUGUUUGAAAAUGAAGAGAUGGUGAUGCCAGGAGAUGUAGUUGAAAUGACUGAGUUUCAGGAUAAAACAAUUAGCAAUUCUCAUUAUGUACUGGAACUCAUGUUACCAAACAUUCACUUAACAUUACCAAACAAAAGCUUCUAUGAAAAACUUUACAACAGGAUCAGCAAUGAUUUGUUGUUGUGGGAACCCACAGCUCCAUCUCCUGUAGAAACAUUUGAAAACCUUUCUUACGGUGUUGGACUAUCUGUGGCCAGCCAGCUCAUCAACACUUUCAGUAAAGACAGCUUUAGUCAGUUUAAAUCUGCAGUUCAUUAUGAUGAUGAAAGUGGAUCUGAGGAAGAAACACUACAGUAUUAUUCCACUGUUGACCCGAACUAUCGUUCGCGCAGAAGGAAAAAGCUUGACUCACAGAAUAAGAACUCACAAAGUUUUCUGUCUGUUCUGCUAAAUGUGACACAUGGAUUAGUGUCAGUAUUCACAGAUGUAAAGCAGGAGGAUGGAAAUACACUGGAAGGAAAAUAUGGCGAAUUUUGGUUUGAGUUCAACAGUGGUUCCCUUUUCAGUGUGACUAAAUAUGAAGGCUUUGAGGACAGACACUAUGUUUGUGUCCAUUCUAGCAGCCUCAAUUUAUAUCAUCAAGGUUUGGUAGAUGGAGUCGUCCCUUCCUCUGAAGUACGACUGCCCAGCACAAUCCGUCCCCACUGGUUAGAGCCCACCAUUUGUUUUUCUGAAGAAGAUGGUCUCAGUAGGACUACUUCAGAUGGUGUGGGAGUGGAUAGUCCAAGUAUGCUGACUGUUGCAGUCAAAAUCCAGUCGGAUAAAAUAGAGAGCAAUACAAAGGAAUUUCUGGUUGCUGUUGGACUACGAGGAGCCACCCUUCAACACCGAGUGCUGCCUUCAGGUUUAAGCUGGCAUGAACAGAUUUUAUAUUUUUUGAAUAUUUCUGAUGAGCCUGUUCUGGGAUAUAAUCCUCCAGCUACAAUUACAACUUUUCAUGUACAUCUGUGGAGUUGUGCUCUUGAUUACAGGCCCUUGUUUUUGCCAGUCAGAUCUCUACUUACUGUUGAAACUUUCAGCAUUUCCAGCAGUGUUGCAGUAGAUAAAUCCUCUUCUACUCUCAGGAUCAUUUUAGAUGAAGCUGCUUUGCAUUUGUCUGACAAGUGCAACACUGUCAUGGUGAACCUCCAUAGAGAUUAUGUUCGUGUUAUGGAUAUGGGACUGCUGGAACUAACCAUUACAGCAGUAAAAUCUGAUUCUGAGGGAGAAAGAACUAAACCACGUUUUGAGCUGCACUGUUCCAGUGAUGUAAUCCAUAUUCGUACGUGCUCUGAUUCGUGUGCUGCACUAAUGAAUCUCAUACAAUAUAUUGCAAGUUAUGGUGAUUUACAUCCACCUGCUAAGACAGAGGUUAAACGUGGAGUUAGCAAGCCAAAAAUGAAGGUAGAGACCUUUAGCCAACCAUCUUCCCAUGGAGCAGGCCUUGCAGAAUCAGAGCAGCAGAUUUUACGGGAUUUGAUGAGUGAUGCAAUGGAAGAAAUUGAAACUCAACAGACUGCUUCUGCCAUGAAGCAGGAGUCUAAUGGAAUUUUGGAUGACAAAUCUCAAACUCAGGAACCAUCUUGCUCAGAUCUCUUCCUGUUUCCAGAUGAAAGUGGGAAUGUCUCACAAGAGUCAAGUCCCACUUAUGCUUCAUUUACUCAUCACCUGAUAAGCGAGGCCAUGGGAGAUGUUCCAGCAGAAAGCGACGAUUUCUGCAUUCUUUUUGCUCCUAAAGCUGCUGUUGCUGAAAAAGAGGAAGAGCCAGUUAUAAAAAUAAUGGUUGAUGAUGCAAUUAUCAUAAAGGAAAAUCAUUUCAGUCAACCUAUGAAGAAAACGGAUACAAGCAAAGCUCCCCUUCAUUUUCCUGUUCCUCUGGUACGCUACGUUGUAAAGGAAAUAUCUCUUAUUUGGCAUCUUUAUGGUGGAAGGGAUUUUGGGACUGCACCGCCAACUUCUCCAGCUAAAAGUCUCAUAAGUCCCCAUAGUUCUCCUUCUCAUACACCAACAAGGCAUGGACGGAACACAGCAUGUGGAGGAAGAGGAAGAAACCCAGACUUCCUAAUGGAAAUACAAUUAAGCAAGGUGAAAUUCCAGCAUGAGGUGUAUCCUCCAGGUGGUGCAGAUGGUGAAUCCUGUCUGGUGGAGCAGCCAGUGUCACGACAAGUUUUUAUUGUUCAAGACCUGGAGAUCAGAGAUCGCUUAGCUACAUCUCAAAUGAAUAAAUUCCUCUAUCUCUAUUGCAGUAAAGAGAUGCCCAGAAAAGCACAUUCAAACAUGUUAACAGUUAAGGCAUUGCAUGUCCGUCCAGAGUCUGGCAGAUCCCCCCAGGAAUGCUGUUUACGUGUUUCACUGAUGCCGCUUCGCCUCAAUAUUGACCAGGAUGCCUUGUUUUUCCUGAAGGACUUUUUCACUAGCCUUUCUACAGAAGUAGAACUCUUAGUUACUCCAGAUCCUGAAGUUAAAAAGUCUCCUGGUGCUGAAGUUACGUGUAGUUUGCCCAGGCAUGUCAGCAGCCUUAAGGAACCAACUCCAGUCAUUUCUUUUGCAUCACACAAGCAAGCAAAUGAAAAUGGCAGCAUUGAUUCUGUGGAUGUGGUUAAUGGAGAUGAUGAUCACUUCUCACAAGAACCGACAUCGUACAGUGAUCAGCCGGUAUUUUUCAGAGAAUUUCGUUUUACAUCAGAAGUUCCAAUACGGCUUGAUUACCAUGGCAAGCAUGUAUCAAUGGAUCAGGGAACAUUAGCUGGGAUUCUUAUUGGGCUUGCUCAGUUGAACUGCUCAGAAUUAAAACUGAAGAGGCUUUGUUACAGACACGGUUUAUUAGGUGUGGAUAAAUUGUUCUCCUAUGCCAUCAGUGAAUGGCUUAAUGAUAUAAAGAAAAACCAGCUACCAGGAAUUUUGGGAGGAGUAGGGCCUAUGCAUUCACUUGUGCAGUUAGUGCAAGGUCUGAAAGACCUGGUGUGGCUGCCAAUAGAGCAGUACCGCAAGGAUGGUCGCAUUGUCAGAGGCUUUCAAAGAGGAGCAGCUUCCUUUGGUACUUCCACUGCGAUGGCAGCUCUGGAGCUAACCAACAGAAUGGUUCAGACUAUACAGGCAGCUGCAGAAACUGCUUAUGACAUGGUAUCCCCAGGGCCUACCUUCAUUGAAGCCAAGAAGAUCAAACGGUUCCCUCGCCACCAUCGCCUGGCGCAUCAGCCGGUCGACCUGCGCGAGGGCGUAGCCAAAGCCUACAGCGUGGUCAAAGAGGGAAUUACGGACACAGCCCAAACCAUCUAUGAGACUGCUGCUCGUGAGCAUGAGAACAGAGGAGUCACUGGAGCUGUAGGAGGAGUCCUCCGCCAAAUCCCACCAACUGUGGUGAAACCUUUCAUUGUUGCAACAGAGGCCACCUCAAAUGUGCUGGGUGGAAUGAGAAACCAGAUCAGGCCAGAUGUGCGUCAAGAGGAGUCUCAGAAGUGGCGCCUUGGGGAGGAUUGAGAUUGUAAAUCUGGCUCAGCAGGCAGGUAGCAAGGCUGGAAAUGCAGAAGAAUGUCCUGUUGGCAGCUUUAGAUGGAGCUCACUUUGUUUUGUCAUGCUCAUCUCAGGAACAAAUGAGAUUUUCCAACUGUUACUAGCAAAACAUCCAACCAAAAAUAUUUAUGAAGUGAAAAGGAAAUUGGUACGUGCUUAUACUGUGUGCUACCAAUACAUCUGGUAGAUAGUGCCAAACAUAGUGAAGCAUGUGCUGCCAACUCAGAGACAUGCUUGCUCUGUUCCAUUUACCAUAUUUUUCGUGGUAGAUUUGACAUCUGAAGCGGUAGCCUGUAUGGUGAAACUAAGUGGACUUUAAAAGAGGUUUUCUGAGCAUAGUCAAAGAACUGUCUUCAAUAAAGGGCUCUGCAGAUGCUCUUCACUGACUAAAGGAUAAAAGCUUUCAUUGUGGACAUGAGACAUGGGGCUGUCUAAUGUGGAAGCAGAUAAGAUAAUACUGUUUAGUGGUCAUAAACAUCGCUUUUAGCGUGGCACUUACAGCAAGGACAAGCUUGGUAACCAUCAGAGUUUAGAUUCAGUGUCAAUACACCUGCGAACAGAAUUUGUUCCUAAAUACUAAAUACCUACUUUUGUGGGUUUUUGAAGAACCUGAAUGUUGCAGAAAUGUUCUGUUGUGUUGCACUUUAAAGGAUAUGGCCUGUAUAUUGUGCUUUUUUUAUAGUGUGAAUAAAAUGUAAUGUGCAUUAUCCUUUAUGUGGUUUAGAAGCUUACACAAAUUAUUGAAAAGAGCAUCAUUUGAUGAUGAUCCUACAGAAAAGUGUCUUAAAUUUAUUUAAACUCAUUAUAUGUAAAAACUUUGUCUACUGUUACACUAAUCACAAUGCUAAAAAUACCUACUCUUCAGGAAAACAAUUAUAAUUGUCACCAACAGUUCUUUGUAACAAUGAAAAAUCAUAAGUAAAAACAAAUUAUUUCAUAAUUUCAUAGUUAAAAGGCUAUACAGACUUUAUUUUAGUAAUCUGUGUUUAUUUAAAGUUCGUAUUGUUGCAGAGUUGCUGCUCUCACAGCAAGGUGUCCUUAAUUAGAUUGUUUGUCAUGAGUUAUUUGACGACGUUUGUCAUGAAUAUUUGAAGUCCGUUAAUUGAAACUGGGAAUGGGUGAGAGGUUUUUAAAAAAGGACAGAAAAACUUCGAAAAUCAAAGUUGGUACUGACGUUAUUUACCAUUUAGUAGAUGACAUCUCCACAGAGCUUUAUUAAGCACCUGACAUUGCACCAUUUUGGAGCAGUUAAAAGUCUUGAUGAUAGAUGUGCAAUAAUGAACUUUUUUUGUCUUGCAUUAGCAAAAACUGGAGAAUAAAAAGUAAAGAUUCUUUUGAAUAGAAGAAUACUAAUUUUGAAUUUCAGUAGAUUAAACUUUAAAUUACUAGCCAGUACAUAAGUUUGUCAUAGUCCUGUGCUAGUCAUAAGUGGAAAUCUUGCCCAUAUGCCAUGUGGAAAAUCCCCACUGAAAGGGGGACAUCAGAUACUAUUGAUCAGACUUCAACCUCAAAGGGUGAUGAGGAGGUGUUUUCACUCUCUUUGUUCAAUUAACCUGCCUCUAACAGAAACUUUGCUGCUUUGCUGAUGGGCCUUUUAAGGGACAAGAAGAAGUGUAUGAAGGAAUAUUUUUUUUUUUUUUUUUUUUUUUUUUUUUUUUUUUUUUUUUUUUUUUUUUUUUUUCUUUCCUGCUUGUUCACGUUGAUACUAUACUAGCUAAUCCUGAACACCAAAGAAUCUGGCUGGACAGUAAAUGAUUUGAAAAUGUCCCCUCUCUUGAGAAGACUUUUGCAGUCUGCUUUAUUAUUUUUCAUAAAAAAAGCUCCAGGUAAGAACAAAUUCCUGCAUAGGGUGACAGGUGAUACUAUGAAGUUUUCUUUCAAUUCACUGGAAUCACUAAAGUUGUGGUACACUUUGAAGACCUGGUUAUUCCAGCUAAAAGACUUGCUGCAAGCAGGAUAAGAUGCUUUUGAGAGGAGGAAUACCUCCAGAUUUAAUAACAUAAAAUAUUUUCUGAUGUAAUAAUACUUGCUGUAGUGCAUAAUUCUGUUCAGUAAUUAGAGAGCUCUGCUUUAGUGAGAGCUCAAAGCAUCAGCAUUUUGCACAAGAAUGAGUUCCAUGUUUGCAAUGUGGCACCUCCUGAAUGCCUUCUCAAGAAGUGGUGGUGAACCAAUGCAAGUAAGUAGCAAUGCACCUUUUUCAUUGGCAAUUACUAUACUAGUAAUUAGCUAGUACUAGUAAAUAGUGCAGCCAGUUCAUCCACUUAAUUAGAGUACAUUGAUGUAGCGUAAAUUGACAUAUUUUCUGCCUUUCAGACACUGCUGAAAAGAAAUGGUGGCAUUUCAGUGUUCUUUUUCAGUUCUGUCAAGAUCUGAUAGUGCAAGGCAAUUAUAAUAUAUUUUUAUAUGAGGGCAUGAUGUCAAAACAUUUUUAUAGCGUGUCUCUCAUUGUCAGCAAUACAGAUUGUACAAAUUUAUUAAACUUCACUUUUCACUAUAUAAAUCCUCUCAUUUACUGCUUGCACUUUAUUGAGCCUUUGCAGUGAAAUUGACUCUAAAUUUUCUUCAACAUUUAUUUUGGAAAUGGUUUUUUAAUUUUUGGGUGUAUAUUCUGCGUUGUUGCAGUGUUUGAAAUGUUUCAAAAACUAAAAAGACCACAAAACUUAUCAAACUAGUCUUUACAUUAAAACUAGUUUGCAGAAUGUGUCUUGUAGAGCUCAGCUUGUGUUUUAAAUCAAAAAGUAUCAUGUAUGAGAAGGGAUUCAUCAAAUGCUCUGCUCGAUACUGUAACAGUUUUUCAGCACUUAAAAAAAUACACAAAAUAAGAUUUGACUCUGGACAUAUUUCCUGGAAAUGGAAGCUUAUGGGUAACAUUACUGUAUUUUCCAUUAGCACAAGGAAGUUGGCAAAAAUAUUCUUGUACUUGAAUUUUCCACUGGAAUCAGUUGCUAUAGAUAUGGGUAGUUUUCAUAUCUAUAGAGGUUGUAAACUGGCAUAGACAAUGUUUUAAUUUUUUCCAAAUACUCUAACAUUACUACUGCCAUUCCUGUUACUUAGCCCAGCACCAUCCUAAUAGGCAGAACUGUCAUCCUGGGUUUUCAUAAAUAUCCUUGUGUUUCAGCUAACAAAUCAAUGAGUGCCUCAGAAGUACCUGAAAAAACAACAGCCAUCUUUUGCAAAAUAAAACCAUUCUUGCUAAGAAUCUUAGCAGUGACUGAGAGCAGCAAAUCAUCACAUCGAUGCAAAGGCAGCUUCCAUUUUCUUUCCACUCUCUCUUCUAAAUCCUGCAGGUUUGUAGCACUGCAGUGUACCCUACAUAUACUUGCCUAAUGAUCAGCAUUGUCAGUGACUCACUGGCUAAUCCCCCAUGAGUGCAUCUCCUGUGCUUAAGGGAUGUGUCUGCUUCUAUUUGCUCACUAAGUGGUUGAUUGUGAACAUCCAUUGCUUGCUUUCAUUUACUGUUCCUUAAUUGAGUUGCCAAGAAAGGUUUCUUAAUAAACCAAAAAGCUAUUCAAUGGUUAUGAACAAGACACUCUUACCAAACAUGAAACGUGCACCUGCAAAUGUGAUACUGAUUUUCCUCUAAAUACUGAAAUGUAUACAUUUAGUAAAACAGUGAAAUCCAAGAAUUUGUUUAGAGUAGAUGAAUACUUCUAAAUCUGUUAAGUACCCUAAAUGCACCUGCAAGAUAAGUCAGAAAAUGUGUGGGUAUGUAUGUCAGUUUGGAUCCCAGUGUGCACACUUCUUCAGUAUCUGGGCCUCAUGAUUUAAGCUUCUGACAACUGUUUUAAGUUGCUCUACAUGCUGAAUCUUGUUUACAAUUAAAUAUUAGAUACCUACAAGUCAAAUACAUAAAUACAAAUCAUGCAUUUGUACUGGAUUUCUUAACUAUAAGGUAGCUCAGAAACAUGGCAAUUUGUGUAUAUGUGUAUAUUUUUUACAUUUUUGCACUUACAGUAGUUUUGUGGUAAUGUUUGUAUAUAGUUUGCUAGUGUAAAGAAUAUAAUCUCAUGAAAUAGAAACCACUGUUGAAGGGAAUUGACUAUUUCAAGUUGAGUUAUUUUGCUUAAAGUUCUUGUCCCCUCAGUAUGUCCUUGAGAAUUAUUUUUAACCAUAAUUUGUAUGGCACCAAAAGUAUAUAUUUUAGCGUAUUAAGAUGCUGAAAGGCCUGAGUGCAAAUAGGUUGUCUGUUAAAUACAUUUAAUGGAAAAAUCCCCUCCCAGAUUUGUAACAAUGCAAAAAUAAAUAUCUUAAUUUGUUCCUUGA